CUCCGAUCAUCGGCCUUUCGAUCUUCGUUCUAUCUCUUGUUGUACGAGUCUGAGGCUUCCGACGAUCAUUCGAAGAUCGCGCUAGAAGGGAAACGCCACAACCUUAAAUACGGUGGAUCAUGGAACAUGGAAGGAUGAUGAGGCUGGUGAUACAAGAUCGUCGAUCCACCGAUCUUCCAUGGCCAUUGUCAACAAACACCAAAUAGUCCGAAGAAUCCUCCCGACAACACCGUCAAGGUUAGAGCUCUAGCUUAUAUAGGUCAGACAUCCUAUCUUCGCGGUUGCGAGAUUCUUCGUGCGCAUCUUGAAAGUAUAAUGGAUAUCACCAUCACGAUCAUCAUGCCUACGAAAGCCCUUCAAAAGCUAGGCCGGCUCCCCGCUCCUGGUCCCAAGAUUAAGAAGGAUCCUAAAUCGAAAUCAAAACCGAAACUCAGGAUCACAGCCAGUAGUCGGAUUACUCGUCAAACUAGUCUCUCUCGAACCAACCUUCCUCCUCCUCCGGAAGCGCCACCGCGAAUUCAAGAAAAGAAGGGACGGGCAAGAACGGCGAGUUCGCCGCUUACUUCUCCUGCUCCUUCUUGCUCUGAUAGUCCGAGAUCGGAUGACAUCGUAGAGUCGAGGGUGGCAGGUUCGGAAGUCGCAGAGUUGAUCGCUAGGUGCGAGCGGGAACAAACCGAGAUCGACAGGUUGUUAAUCGAAAUCGAGUCGCAAUGUUCCGACGAUCCUGAGACCUGGCCGGAAUCACCAUCGACCGCUACUCCGGACUACCUCUAUACGGUCCUCCUCGCCAAACCCAUAGAGCUGGAUGCGUACUACUACUAUGCUUCCUCCUCGCCUAGCGCCUCGAAUCCUAUUUCGACCGAGGAUAUCAAUGAUCAGAUGCACAACGCCACCGCAAUUCCCGCUUCGCCUAUGAGUGCUUCUCUGGUGACUUUCGACCAGGAUCAAAUUCCGCAAUCGCAAGCCAUUAUGGGGCGAGAUGCGCAGAAGUACAGGCAGGCUAUAGCUUGUUGGUUCCCCACUGGUACUAGCUGGGCGGAACCUGAGCUCGAGCUCAGAGCUGGGUACUGGGUUGAGGGUCGAUAAUGGUCGAUACGUGAGGCGAAAAAAAAAAACGCGUCCACCCUUACAAGCGC